AUGGCGGCAAGCGCACUGUACAGUGCCCCUGUGUUCGCUCCUCCUCUCUCCCACAAAACCCCUAAACCUAUUCACGCUCUCUGUAUCAAGCCUCCAUCUAUUAGCCUCUCCAGGUCAAGAUUUUGUGCUACAGUGGCAGCACCAAGGCUUUCUCAUCGGGUGUUUAGAGUACAUGGGUUGGUGGGUGAUGAUUCUGGGACUGCCCCAGAACCAGAAUCACCCAAUUCUGCAGCGGGUGCUAGUAUUGACUUGAAUCUUCCAAGAAGAAGUUUGCUUGUACAGUUUACAUGUGGCUCGUGUGGUGAAAGAACAAAAAGGCUUGUAAACCGGCUAGCUUAUGAAAGGGGUGCUGUUUUUGUUCAGGAAGUAACUGGAUUUCAUGCUUCUUCUGAAAAUUUAAUAACUAAAGGAAUGGCCAAUGCAAUGGAUCAUGAAUGGAAACUUGGAGAUGGUGCUGGUGUUGUGUCUGAUUCUGCAGUGGAAUCAGGUGGUGCUGGGGGACUUUUGCGGAUAACUGUAGGUGCUGGAGCUGGAGAUGGGGUUGGUGCUGGCUUUGUAGGUGCAGGUGCUGGUGUUGCCUUUACUGGUACAGGAGCUGGGGGUGUUAUGGCUGGUGCUGGGGCUAUCUUUGGUGGUGGCGAUGGUGGUGAUGUAGCAACUGGUGGCGGUACCGGGGGUGGUGAUGAGGGAACCGACACAGGAGAUGCUUUUGGUGGUUGUGGUGGUGGAGUUUGGGGUGGUGGCGCUUUGGGGCUUGAAGCUGGUGCAACCUUUGGAGCUGGUGGUGUCACAGGAGCUACACUAGGAGGUGGUUGGGAUAUAGUUGGUGGUGUGCUUGUGGCGGGAGGGGAUGCCGCCACCGUUGGUGGUUGUGUUGCCACCGGUGGCGUGUUAGAAGAUGGAGAUGUCGCAGCUGGGGUUGUAGGUGGCAACUGCACCACCGGCGCGGCAGGUGCUUGGGCAUUGGAAGGGAGCUGGAAGCAGAGGCAUACUAACGCCAAUGCCCAGAACACUGCAGCCAUUCACAAGGUUGAAACGUAUGGCGUGGACUAUCUGAGGAAGGAAGGAAGGAAGUAG